UUGGCAGUUCGAUCACCUGUUAAUUUCACCAGCAGGGAAACAAUGAGCCAGGAAUCUGGAGUCGCCAGCGCCAAAAAGUGGGCGGUUUUGGCCGCAGGAGUGGGUUUGGUCUACGUUCUAGUGCGACACAGGAAGUCCCUACUGGGUCCCCUGCGUCGUGUUUGGUCCUCCAAUAGUUUGCUGGCCCACCGACACAUAGAAGUUAUAAACUCAGUCCAGGAUCCUGCCACGCAAUGGGUUUUGAAUGAACUAAAGAAUCACUGCCAGACUUUUAAAGUCCUAGGAUUCGAUUGCGAAUGGAUCACUGUGGGUGGCAGUCGGCGUCCAGUGGCUCUACUCCAGUUAAGUUCCCAUCGUGGUUUGUGUGCCCUGUUCCGCCUCUGUCACAUGAAGCAAAUACCCAAAGACCUUAGGGAACUUUUAGAGGAUGAUGCCGUGAUCAAGGUGGGCGUGGCACCACAGGAGGAUGCCAUGAAGCUAUCGCAUGACUACGGAGUGGGCGUGGCCAGCACCUUGGACCUGCGAUUCCUAUGCGUCAUGGCUGGUCACAAACCCGAGGGCUUGGGCAAGCUUUCCCAGACACAUCUGAACUAUACACUAGACAAAAGCUGGAGACUGGCCUGUUCUAAUUGGGAGGCUAAGCAGCUGGAGCCAAAGCAACUGAACUAUGCUGCCAAUGAUGCCCUUGUUGCAGUGGCUAUAUACCAAAAGCUGUGCAGGGAUCUGAAUCCCAAGCACUUCUGGCAAAGGAGCACACUAGACGACCACAGCCUGCGUAACAAAUUCGAACCUUUCCUGGACGUCGACUUCACCAAGGGUUUCUCACUCAGCCAGACCGGAAGUGGGGCCACUCGCACUAAAGUGAUUGGGACUUCAAAAAGCAAGAAGUGGCUGCCCAAGAAGCAACCAUGUCGGCACAUGGGCACUCGUUCCAAAGACUUCUACGACAACUGCCUGCUGCAAGCGCCUGACGGUGAACUCCUGUGCACCAUUGACCGGCGCAAAGCGUCGUGGUAUCUUAAUCAAAAUUUGGGCACGCAGAUUGACGGGGAACCUUUCACCGUGCGCCUUAAUUUCGAGCCAGCGGGACGAGCGGUAGGAGAUGUGGGUCGCUAUUAUCAGACGCCUAAGGAAAACCAAUGCGUGGUAUGCGGCGACCGAGAUGCUUAUAUCCGAAAGAACGUAGUGCCACGGGAGUACAGAAAGCAUUUUCCUAUGGUCAUGAAGUCUCACACCUCCCAUGACGUACUGCUCCUAUGUCCCACCUGCCACCAACUUAGCAACAUCUCGGAUUUAAGAGUACGAAACAAACUGGCCACGCAAUGCGAUGCACCUUUUAAGCAUGGAGAUGGAUCCGUCAAGUACCGUGAUGAUCCGGAACUCAAGCGUGUUCAAUCUGCUGGCAAGGCACUGCUUUACCAUGGCGCAAAGAUUCCCGCUGCUAAGGUGGCUGAAAUGCAGCGAACCCUUCUCGAAUUCUACACCGACCAAUCGGAGGUCACGGAAGAGCUGCUGCGACAGGCAGCCAGCGUGGAGUACCGCGUGGAAAACGAAGACUAUUGCCAGCAUGGCGAACGAGUGGUCCAACAGUUCCGCGACAAAUUCGGCGGCCUCGUGGAGCUGGAGCGGUUGUGGCGGGAGCACUUCCUGCACGUCAUGCAACCUCGAUUCCUGCCCGAGCUUUGGAACGUUAACCACAAUGCUGAUCGAUUAGAAGUGCGCGCCAGCGAAGGACGCGUAGAUGAAGCAGAUCUUCUGGUAGCCGGAUUGGAUACAAAGGUAAAAGUCAUAUGAUGCAAGGCCGUUUUGAGUUUGCCGCGGGCUUUGUACGUUUUAUAUUUCAAUUUCAAUAAAAUUAAUAAACUAAA